AUGUGUAGAACCUGUCAUGCUUCAAAAACUGACAUCCAGAGAAAAUAUUUGGAAGGUCAGUUUCAAAAACGAAAUGCAGCUGAUCAUUUAGAAAAAGUCACACUUAUGGAGGGAUUGAGUAAAGCAGGUUUUAAGUACUGGAGCAAACAGUGGGGAAUUAAUUUGAGAAGUCCAUUGCUAGAAAUUGAGGAUAUUGACUUGUCAGUUUGCUUAGUUCAAGAUCCAAUGCAUAUACUUACUGAGGGUCUGCUGGUUAAAGAACUUUGUUUGAUGUUGUAUGACUUUAUUGUUUUCAAAAGAUAUUUUACAAUAUCUUUUUUAAACAAUGCAUUAAAUGACUUUAGUCAUUCCUACUUGGUAGAGAAGAACAAACCAGAGGUUAUCAGUGUAGAUAUGCUUUUAAAUUGCAGACUGAAUCAAACAUCAGCAUCAAUGAUAACAUUAUGUUGUGUAUUGCCUUUAGUUAUUGGACAGAAAGUGCAAGUUGGUAAUGGUAAAUGGAAAACGUUCCUCCUGCUUAUUCAAAUUACAUUGCUUGCAACAAGUCCUUAUGCUACUGAUGAUACUGCUUCAGUUUUAGAGCAGCUAAUUUAUACACAUAAUGAUAAUUUCAUUUCUGAGUACACAAAAUCACCAUUGACCCCAAAGUCUCACUAUCUGGUCCAUAUUCCAAAGCAAAUACAAAGGUUUGGUCCUGGAAGGAAUCACUGGGUAAUGAGAUUUGAAGGAAAGCAUCUCUUCUUUAAAAAUAUAAAAUGGAAAUGUUUCAAAAACAUAGCUCUGAGUAUGUCAAUGAGGCACCAGCUGUGGAUGUGCUGGAGACAACUGAGAGUAAAUGGGAAAUGUUCUGAAAACUUUUUGUACAGUGGAGAUUCUAUUGCUAAUAUGGAGGCUGUUGACAGCCCACUGUCACUUAGUGGUGAAGGACUUUUUAAGGAUAUCAAACUUGCAUGUGUAUUCUUUGUUUACUGCAAAAGAAGUUGA